AUGGCUACUGACACACGUGGAGCUUCUAGCGGUUACACAAACUGGUUCAAACUAGAGCUCGUUUUAGGACGUUCAUCAGCUAUUUUGCGACAGUUAUUUAAAGAUCGGUAUCAACAAUUCUUCGAUAACCAUUGGGAUGACACACCGACAGCUGGUGGUACAUUUUAUACCAAUAUCAUUGAUAAAGGUAAAAAUAAAUCAAAAUUCAAUCUUACAACAGUUCAGAAAAGGUUAAUUCAGAAGGGUAAUACUAAUGAUUGGGAUAUCACCACUUUAACAUCACUUCUUAUAAACGUAACUAGUCCACAAAUGCCUAAGAAAGCGGUUGUACAAAGGCUAAGCGAGGAAAAUCGAAAAAUAGCUGAUAUUCGUGAGAUUCGUAACACACUAGCGCAUCACACAACGAAACAGCUAUCCAAUAAUGAAUUCAUUCAACUUUGGCACAAACUAAUAGCUAUAUUAGUCUACUUUGGACAAAAUGAAGCCGAUCUUAAUAAACUGAAAGAUGACAUUAACUUCAAAUCUGCUUCUGCUUCUGAUUCCUCUGUUAUCGAUUCUGAAAAUACGAAAGAAGCAUUACGUCUAAAAGACCUUGGUAAUAAAGCAUUCAAAGACAAAAACUUUGUUGAUGCUAUUGCACAUUACACUGGAGCUCUCUUAUUACCAAAUUUGACUAAUAAUGAGCGUGCUAUUCUCUAUUCUAAUCGAAGUGCUUCUCGCCUUGGAUUGUGUAAAGAACUGUCAUCAGAAGAUGAAUGUUAUUGUGCACUACACGAUGCUAAGGAAGCACGUAAUCUUUAUGCAACAUGGUGGAAAGCACACUACCGUGUUGGUAAAGCAUAUUCUUCUUUGAACGAACAUGAGAAAGCUAUACUUGCAUUUGAACGUGCUGAAGUACUAGACCCCUUGAAUAAAGAAGUUAAAGAUGCGUUAGAUGAUAGUCGAUCGAUUCAUGUUCGACAACAGCGACAAGAUCAUCUUGAUCCACGACUGAAACCACAAACCGUCAAUGAACAUCUAAAAGAACUACAGGAAGAAACAGGUAUUGAUCCAAAUUAUGUACGAAUGUGUCACAGUCUACAGGACAAAAUUGAUCCAGCAAAUGCAGAUGUUGUACGAGGACAUAAAUUCUUUUUUGGAGAUACACACACGAAAAAAAAUGAUGAAGAAGCUUUAAGGUAUGAUUGA